CUCGCAUGGCUGAAGUCUCACAUCCGCAUGCUCCCCGACUUUGUCGGGGGUGCUGUUGAUUUUGGGGCUUUGGCCGCGGUUAGCUCCUUCGCUAGGCUUUUACGCCGCGGAGGUUGCUCUCACGCGGAGGGAGUCGCCAAGGAGGAAUUUGCUGCGGCGGAGGACGUUGGCGAAGGCACCCCUUCCCUGCGCAAAUCUGUCCGGAACUUUAUCAGUUCGUUCUGGAUUAGGUUUGGGCGGGAUGAGGCGAAGAAAAUGGCGGAGGAUCGUCGAGCUGAGGAGAUUGCGAAGAAGAAGGCUAAGGUUGACAAGGCCGGUCCUUCGCGUCCACCGAGGGAGACGCGUCCUCCGACCCAGGCUGAAGCGGAGGCUCGUGAUGCUGGUGCCAAAGCUCCGGAGGGAUCUGGUGCCAAGGUUUCAGAGACGGCCGAGGCUUCUGCUCCUCCUCCGCCUCAGGUGUGAGGCUUUUUAGUUUUUUAGGUUUUUCUUAGUCUUUUUUGCGUCCAAGCAUGUGACGCUUUUUUGUAAGUAAGG